UAUUGCGAAAUAUGGAUCAAACUAAUUUAUCCUAUGUUUGUGGUCUCACAACAAUUAAAGAUGAAUCUUGGGAAAUGGAUUUAUCUAAUCUUAGCGAGAUUGGCAAAUAUUUACUCAACAUCGGCAUUCUUGUCCCCUUAACCAAAAAGAAAUUAGGAGUUUUCACAAACCAAGUUUCUUUCACUAGCAAUGUCAUUUUUCGUGUUGUCUUCCAAAUGGUCUGA